ACUUCUUCAGCGUGGCCUUGAAACGAGGAGAAAUGGAUUUUGUUGGGCUCCGUGUGCAGGAGGAAUGCUCCCGGGAGGGUGUUUGCCGUGUUUUUUCCGCCGUGUUUUUGCUAACAGAGAGCGAGCUCGAGCGCUCUGAGAACACACCGUAUCCCGCUUUUUAAUCUCUUAAAAAAAGAAAGAAAGAUACCCUCAUCUUUGGACCGAUUGAGCUUUUAACUAACAGUCACCACAAAUAUGGACAGUGCGUGUUUGGAGUAGUUUUCCUGAUUUGUAACAGAGUUCCUCCACAGAUGGACAAGACGAAAGAGGAUGGUGUGGAUUAGGAUCUUUCUUCCUUUUCGUUUUGACUUCAUCCUGCUCACCUCAAUGUGGCCCAUAAAGGAUUUUUCCAUCUCUGCGGCAGUUUAAAAUGAAAUAAUGUCAACACGCUGGAGUGAUUCACCGCACGAUAAUGAAGAGCGCAAACACAGAGCCAUAACUCCACCUUGUGAGGCCAAGCAGAAGGAUGGUCGUGAUCAGAGCGAGGCGUCAGCCACGGCCUCUCCCGCCGUGGAAGAGGAACCUUUUUCCUGGCCGGGACCCAAGACUCUCCAUCUGCGGAGAACUUCCCAGGGCUUCGGCUUCACACUACGACACUUCAUCGUCUACCCACCCGAGUCUGCUGUCCACAACUCUCUAAAGGGUGAAGAGAAUGGCACUCGGGGGAGACAAAGGAACCGCCUGGAGCCGAUGGACACUAUUUUUGUCAAGCAGGUGAAAGAAGGCGGCCCCGCCCACGGAGCUGGACUCUGUACAGGGGAUCGAAUUGUGAAGGUGAACGGGGAGAGCAUCAUUGGAAAGACCUACUCACAAGUCAUAGCUUUGAUCCAGAACAGCGAUGCCUCACUGGAACUCUGUGUGAUGCCAAAGGAUGAGGACAUUUUGCAGCUGUUUUCCAGGGACAUCACUGCUCUGGCAUAUUCCCAGGAUGCAUACCUCAAGGGAAAUGAGGCGUACAGUGGAAAUGCCCAGAAUAUCCCUGAGCCUCCUCCGAUAUGCUACCCUCGCAUAGAAGUGAAGACUGUGGGCAUGGCCCAGCCAUCAGAACUGUCCACAGUCAGCGAGACCCCUGGAGGACUAGCUCAGGGACCAGGAAGACGAGAAAGUGCCAAGGACAAAAGCUACCGUGUUGAAAUCCCCGUUCCACCAUCUCCUCCUCCCCAACAGGCGUCAAAGACUCAAGCAUUAACAUGUGUUUGUAUAGAGAAUGUGAGGACAGCACCCACAUUGUCUGACCCAGUUGACAGGGGAUCUCGGCUGGCUAGGGCUGGACCCAGCCAUAGGACUGAGGAAAACCGGUACGGUCCUUCACCAGACUCAGCUCGACCUAGAGCCCUUAUAUCUUCAGUACCUGGGGUUGCACAGUUGCAGUAUGUCCCUUCUGAUCCUAAGGAAACCCCAGUCUGCACCCCUUCCUCAAAUUCUAGGCUUGCUCCCAUUUAUCCUGACACGUCGUCCACACCCUUACGUGACCCACUGACUACUGCCUCACCUGACACAUUCUCUACAACUAUCACACCCAACACCAACCACUACUCACCCCCUCCCACAGCCCCCUCCACUUCUCCACACCAGAAUAUUGACUGGCAAAACUAUACCACCUAUAAGGACUAUAUUGAUGCCAAGAGACUUCACAGUUAUGGCUGUCGUACCAUUCAGGAGCGCUUAGACAGCUUACGUGCUGCUGCCAAUUCCAGCUCUGCCUACUCACAGCAACGGACACAACCUCCUCCAAGUACCACACAGAGAGGGGUACUGGGUUCCCAGGUCAGGAGAAGGAGUGCAUCCAAUGACCGUGGGGCAGAUACAGGAGGUCAAGGCAGUUCAGCAAUAAAGCCAUUGCGCAGCGUCUCCCAGGAGAGGCUUGGUGGUGGAACGGAGAGGACGGUAUCAACCAGUAACUGGCCACGGAGUGUCUCCCAAGAUGCACUGCCUUAUUCCAUCCCUGCAGUCAUCAAACCUCGGGCACGGUCUUGUGACUACUUGGGCCGGCAGGCUGGUGAAUCAGGGGGUCUUGUUUCUAGUGUCAGAGCAGUAGGUAGUCGGCCAGAGCUGGAGGACAGGCUGCUGGUGAAUCAAGGAGAGGAAGCUAAAGCCAGCAGGCAGGGAGCAAGCGUGAGAACUUUACCUCAUCUAAGCAGAACCCUUACUGAACAGGGUGAAGAAGCUACAGGAUUCAGUUCAUCUAAUUCUCCUUCAGCUGCUCCUGUGUUUAAUAAAGCUACGGCAGAUUCUCCACUAACAUCCAGGGCAGACAGUGUCAUUAUGAGACCCUCACGACUGCCUGUCAAAAACUCCAUCUCAAGCCUGUCACCUGCUUUAUCCACCAUUAAAACCACAGAUCCUCUUAAAGACCAAAGGCCUGCCAUCAUGGGAAACCAUUUAGGUUACCCCUCUCCCAUGCACCUGCAGCUCAGAGGCAGGGCCGACAGUCUGAAAAUGGAGAGCAGGUUAGAAACUGGACUGGCAGCACGGUCCUCUUCUUGCUCUGGUACGUCCACUAAACCCUCCAUUCAGCGACAACUACAAAGUGGAUCUAUCUCUAUUUCUGUGUCUACCAUCACUAAUGGAGAUGUCCCUCAAAGGCAAACAAUCAGAGAAAACUGCAGUCCUACCAGUGCUCCCAUAAACACCAACGGGGGUCUUGCAGAGGGUGUAGAAGGACCUGAUGCAACAGUAGUUGUGUUAAGGAGGGAUAAAAACUCUGGACAUCUUCCCAUCCGCCCUCCAUCCUACAUCUUAGCUGUGAAUGAUGAUGAAGGUGUGGAGACUAAAACCCAACCAGUGUUGAAAACGGUCUCUGCGGAAAGAGGCAUGAGCUGGGUGUCAGGUGACAGCUCCAGGGAGAUAAACCGCAUAAAGCUGGGUGACAUGCGGCAAAAGUCUGGUUCUAACAACAUAAAUGCCUCUCUGGAUUCCAUCCCUUUCAUCGAUGAACCGUCCAGUCCUAGUAUCGAUCAUGACAGCACUCACAUUCUCGCCUCUGCUGUGAUAUGCGGGACCCCCAUCAUCGCCACCAUCGCAUCCAGCCCCACCUCUUCCCCUCUCCUUCGACGCCAGCUGUCACAUGACCAAGAUUCUCUCCGUCUCACAAUUAUUGAGUCGGAUUGCGGUACAAAAACCGAAAGAUCCAUAUCGUAUGAUGAAGGCCUGGAUAACUACAGAGAAGAAGGACGAGGGAGGUCAAUGAUACCUGGUCUGAAAGGUCUUCGAAAGGCGGUGGACAGAUCAUCAGAAGAUUCUGGGUCCAGGAGAGAUUCUUCUUCUGAUAUCUUCUGUGAUGCCACCAAGGAGGGUUUGCUGCAGUUUAAGCAGCUCAGCACAGACAAAAGUAAGCGUGUUGGAGGGGGAAUGCGUCCAUGGAAGCAGAUGUACGCUGUCUUACGAGGCCACUACCUCUGCCUGUAUAAGGACAAAAAGGACGGGCAGACUAAUGCUAACUGUCAGACAAUCGAUGAACCUCUGCCAAUCAGCAUCAAGGCAUGUCUGAUCGACAUCUCCUACAGUGACACAAAGCGGAAGAACGUACUGCGGCUGACCACGUCCGACUGCGAGUACCUGUUCCAGGCCGAGGACAGAGAGGACAUGCUGUCCUGGAUCAGAGUCAUACAAGAGAACAGCAACAUGGACGAGGAGAACGCAGUCUUCACUAGCCAUGACCUCAUCAGCAGGAAGAUCAAGGAAUACAACACCUUGAUGAGUCCAACAGGCAAUAAGACGGAACCCUCACCCAGACCUUCACGUCAGUCCCUCAACAUCAGACAGACGCUGCUCGGAGGGAAAGGAGACGUCAAAGUGCAGAGUCCUCACUCACCCAGACCCGAUCAGGACAGGAAGAACAUGCACAAAGAUGACACCAGCCCUCCUAAAGACAAAGGGACGUGGAGGAAGGGAAUCCCAGGGCUGAGGAGGAAACCUCUGGAGAAGAAGCCAUCUCCUGGAGUCACGUUUGGUGUAAGACUGGACGACUGUCCUCCCGCACAAACCAACAAGUUUGUGCCUCUGAUUGUGGAGGUUUGCUGUAAGCUGGUGGAAGAGCGGGGUCUGGAGUACACAGGUAUCUACCGAGUGCCGGGAAACAACACCGCCAUCUCCAGCAUGCAGGAGGAACUGAACAACAAGGGGAUGAACGAUAUUGAUAUCCAGGAUGAUAAAUGGAGAGACCUCAAUGUGAUCAGCAGUUUGCUGAAAUCUUUCUUCCGGAAGCUUCCAGAGCCUUUGUUCACCAAUGAAAAGUACACAGACUUCAUCGAGGCCAACAGAAUCGAAGAUCCAAUCGAGAGACUCAAAGUGCUGAAGAAGCUGCUUCAUGAGUUACCAGAUCAUCAUUAUGAGACCCUCAAGUUCCUCUUAGCUCACCUCAGAACUGUGGCUGAAAACUCUGAGAAGAAUAAGAUGGAACCCAGGAACCUGGCUAUUGUGUUCGGCCCCACGCUGGUGCGCACCACUGAGGACAACAUGACCCACAUGGUUAUCCACAUGCCAGACCAGUACAAAAUAGUGGAGACUCUCAUUCAGAAUAAUGACUGGUUUUUCACUGAAGAUAGCAGCGGAGAUCCAGUGACCGUGUCCCAGGAGGAGACAGCGGUGGAGUCUCAGCCGGUCCCCAACAUCGACCACCUGCUCACCAAUAUCGGCCGUACGGGCACGUCGCAGGGUGAAGUAUCAGAUUCACCAACUAGUGACUCGGCUAAAUCAAAGGGUUCCUGGGGCUCAGGGAAGGACCAGUGCAGCCGAGAGCUCCUGGUCUCCUCCAUCUUUGCUGCAGCCAGCCGCAAAAGAAAGAAGUCCAAAGAGAAGCCGCAGCCAAGCAGCUCAGAUGAUGACCUAGAUGCAGUGUUCCACACGAAGGAGAUCCCUGGACAGAAGCCAAACCAGCGCAGCCUCCAAGGUGAGGUGGACAACAAGAGUCAUCCCAGCCCCGACCCAAAACCAAACGCAAAUCAAUACAUCCAGACCCAAGAAAUUGGGAGAACUGUGGAGCUGAUGCCUAAGGCAAAGAGGAACCCCUCCCUCAAGAUUCAACCGCGAUGGGCCUCAUCUUCACCUUCUCCUUCCCCAAAAAUCCCUGGCUCUCCAAACUUCAGCUAUCCACCAGCCAGUCGGGUGAAGUCCUCACUGUCAGAUCCUCCAUCUCAAAUGGACGAAAACACCUCAGACCUUGGAACCAUGAGCUCUGGAGCAUCAGUCCCGAGGUCACGACCGAAAAAAUGGACUGCAGGAAUGUCCCCCGACCUUCCUGCAGGAGCAUGCAUGGGACCAGGACUGGGUCCGGGAGCAUCGGUUGGGGCAGAGGUGAGCUCCAUAACCUCUGAUUACUCCACCACGUCUUCCAUCACGUUUUUGACGGGAGCAGAGUCCAGCGCGCUCAGUCCAGAGCUGCAGGCCGGAGACGAGGCAGACGAUGAACGCAGUGAGCUCAUUAGUGAGGGACGACCGAUGGAGACGGACAGUGAAAGUGACUUCCCUGUUUUUGUUCCUGGCGGUGGCAGCAAUCAGUCCACACCGUGUCCAGAGCAGAGACAGACCGAGCACGGGGCGCACGAUAAGAACGACCCAAGAGCCGAGGGGAGCGCCGCAUCAAAACUGGAAGCACGGCGCCUUUUCCCUUCCCACAGGAUGAUUGAAUGUGACACCCUGUCGAGAAGGUGGUCUCUGAGACAGAAGACAGACAGCGAAUCAUCAGUGGAAGGUGUAUCCGGUGGCGGUGAGCAAAGUGCAGGCAGAGUCGACUCUUCCACACGCCUGUCCCGGGUUCUGGAUGUUGUAAAAAAGGGGCGGUCCACCAGUAGCCUCAGCUCCUCCUCGCGCAGUGAGUCGGAGCGCUCCGAACCAGCCUGGCACCUGAAGAUCACAGAGAGGCUCAAGUUGAGGUUGCGUUCAUCUGCCGACGACAUGUUCAGUGUCGGCAGCCAAAAGAACCGAGUUCCCGAGACCCGCUGCAAGAAGAAGAGCAUUCGCAGGAGGCACACCAUGGGUGGGCAGAGAGACUUUGCAGAGCUAGCCGCCAUCAACGACUGGAGGGAGCAGGGUGGAGUGGACCAGGCCGCCGAGCUGUCAGCUUUGGACCGCCUUAAACCCAGGUGCUCCUCUCAGGACUUCUCAAUCCGGGACUGGAUCACGAGAGAGCGCUGCAGGACCGGAAACGCGGAGUGCAGCGUUGAAGUUGCACCAAAAGCCGUCCCAGAGGAUGACCCCAACGCUCAAGACAAAAUCCCAGAAAGAGCGCCACCUGCUGCUUCCCUGGGUGCAGAAUCGCCAGCAGCGGAACACGUUAACGGAGGCGGACUGCAGAGCAAAAACAAAGCUGCCCUCGGCGCAGACGCACACCCGCACAAACUAUCGGGAGCACAGGUUGUGCGCUCGCGUUUCUAUCAGUAUCUGUGAAACAACAAUGGCGGUGUUGUCUGGUGUGUUUGUGAGGCGAGUGAAAAGCGAGUGUGUGUGUGAGAUCAUGCGCAUGUGAACAUUUUAAAGUUACUGCACAUUUUUUUCUACUUCCUGUAUCUGCUGUACAUAUUGUUUAUAGGCUGUUACUGGAAUAAAGCUGAAGAGACGACUGGAACAUGCACGAUUUCACGCCAGUAAAAGAAUGUGGCGUGAAUACGGCGAGCACGAGCUUCUUCAUGUGGAAUGUCACAGAGCACUAUUGUACCACAAAGUGAAAACUAAAAGGUCAAAUUGACUCUUAGCGA